GGUUGAUGGCUAUCUGCCGAUCCAUUUUCAUAAGCUCGGCAGUCCCUCGCCGCCAUCUGCCGCACAAAAUCGCCACUUCUUCUCACCCUCUUCCGAAUUUCUCCUUAUUUACAGCGUUGCCACUCCGCCGUAGACGCUCGCUAGCUUCGUUCUCUACGCUAUCGUCGUCGUCUUCCAUGGACAAUCCGCCCGAGGGUUACCGUAGAAACGUUGGCAUUUGUCUCAUGAACCCUACUGCCAAAAAGAUUUUUGCUGCUUCGAGGCUUGACAUGCCAAAUGCCUGGCAAAUGCCUCAGGGUGGCGUUGAUGAGAAUGAAAGUCCAAGAGAUGCUGCCAUCCGAGAAUUAAGAGAAGAAACAGGAGUCACCUCUGCAGAAAUCAUUGCUGAGGUUCCUCAUUGGUUGACAUACGAUCUCCCACCACACGUCAGGGAAAAACUUAAGCAGCAAUGGGGUUCUGACUGGAAAGGCCAAGCACAGAAAUGGUUCCUCUUCAAGUUUACUGGAAAGGAGGAGGAAGUCAAUCUUUUAGGUGAUGGAACUGAGAAGCCCGAAUUCGGAGAGUGGUCUUGGAUGUCACCCGAACAAGUUGUUGGUCGUGCAGUGGAUUUCAAGAAGCCGGUUUACGAAGAAGUUAUGUCUGUUUUUGGUCCAUUUCUCCAAUAGCUACAGAGCUUUGUCUGGGAUAUAUGAAG